GCUUCAAAAGCGAAUUUGACUGCCGCGCUGCUUCCUUUCGAAACCGGUGGCAGUUGGAAGAAAUCGCCAAAAUAUCGAACCUGUAUUCCCCCGAAGGGUACCGAAGAUUUUCGAAUUAUACUGCCUAAUUUCGCCAGUUUGUCAAACAGGUCACCAUCGAGCAUGGAAACUAGAAAGUUGCUUUAA